AUGAUUUCCGACGACGAUCUCCACCGUCUUGCCGUCUUUCUCGGCUCCUGCGCGAUGAUGAUGAUUGUUCUCUACCACUUCCUCGAAGUCAAUGCCAAAGAUACUGGAGUUGAGGGGGCAAGUGAAGGGAAGAAGCCGGCCGCUGCGUCUCAGGAGUCAGUUGCUGCUAGCCCUUCGACAGAACCCGCAGCGGUUGCGGGCGACAUCCUCCUCGUUGCUCACUCUCUCAUUCCGGGCGGGAGUAGCCAACUGACAUCCGCCGGGAUCCAACCCAACACCAAUCUGUUCUUUGAGCCUCUGGACCGCCUUGAAGAUUCCCUGGGCCUUGUCACGCUGUGUAUUAUGCCCAUGCACGAGAUUAAAUGCUCGGAUUGA